UAUUUGAUUGAUAACCUUAACAGAACAAAUCAGAUUAUAUGAUCUGUAGCAAUGCUUUUGAAGUUAAUUAGCAAAAUCAAUCUGAAUUAUUCCACAGUCGGUUAUUCAUGUACUAAACGUUAUACAAGUUGAUUUUAAUAGAAAAUAUCAGUCAACGUGUAAACACUAUCUAGAUUCUAGAUGUAUACAUUUAAGGUUUAUAUGAAAUCCCACCUUUAUGAAAAUAGCGUAACGAAUGUGCGAGAUGCUUUUAUGGAUAACCUAUUGUGUGCUUGGUUUCGAGCAAUGUUGAUUUAAAAAAUUUGAUUGUUAAUUUAUUAUAACGAUGUCUAGACGUUCAAGUUUUCAGAAAUGGAUUGUAGGAUUUGGUGCAUUAGGUAGUGCGAUGGUCUUUUAUCCACAUGAAAAUGAUAAUAAUAAUCAAUUGACACAAACGGAUAAAUCCAGGAUAUUUUCUACAUCUUGGAAUUACAACUGGGAUAGGAGAGAUCCAAAAAGUUUAGUAAAACCAAUGAAAAUAGAUGAUGAAUUUAAUCGGAAUACAUAUAACAAAAAAUUGAUAAAUAAAACAGCAAAAGCUAUACGUCAUAUAAUUCUAAUUCGUCAUGGGCAAUAUAAUACAGAAGCUAAAACAGAUGCAGAUGGAACACUUACAACUUUUGGUAGACAACAAGCUGAAGCAACAGGAAAACGAUUGCAAGAAUUAGGUUUCUCAUAUACUUCACUUAUACAUUCAACAAUGACAAGGGCACAAGAAACUGCUAAAAUUAUAGAAUCGUUUCUUAAAAACAUAACAGUAAAGAGUGAUUCACUUCUUAAUGAGGGUUCACCAAUUCAACCUGAGCCUCCAUCAUCUAAUUGGAAAGCUGAAAUAAAUUAUUAUAUAGAUGGACCUAGGAUAGAAGCUGCCUUUAGAAAAUAUUUUCAUCGUGCAGAUUUCAGUCAAGAAAAGGAUUCUUAUACAAUUCUUGUUUGCCAUGCAAAUGUUAUUAGAUAUUUUGUAUGCAGAGCAUUGCAAUUUCCACCUGAAAGUUGGUUACGAUUAAGUUUGAAUCAUGCCAGUAUUACAUGGAUUACUAUUUAUCCUGAUGGUAUUGUGAAAUUAUUGGCAUUUGGUGAUUCAGGACAUUUGAAUCCAAAAUUUUUCUCAUAAUUGAAUUAAAUAUAACAUAUCAUUUUAUUUAAUAAAAUAUAUUCGUGUCAUCUAUAUUUUAUAUCAUUCUAUAUAAAUUUUACAAAUAUGUAUUUUUUAAAUACUAAUUUUAUCAAUGAAAGUUUAUAAUUCAUUAAUAAAAUAAUUGAACUAUUAAAAAUCAAAGACAAUGUAUUUAAAGACAGAUAAAAAAUCAUACAUACAUUUAUAUUAAGUCUUAUUAUUAGACUUUAUCUAAACAAGAUUUAUAUCUCUUAUGUUCUCCUUGAAACAAAGUUAUUUGCAAAUAAAUAAAUGUA